CCCCGCUCUCCUCUCGCUCUCCUCCUCCUCCUCGCUCCUCAUCGUCCCUCAACCCAUCUCAUGCACGACAUGUAUGAUGACCAGUAGCAUGGGCAUGCACGCGAGUCGGGGCGAUCCUCGGCUCCAUCCUGGCGCCGGCCGCGGCCUUUUCGCCGAGCUAGACGACCAGCCGGCCAGCGGCCUCCCUCUGGCGCGGCUGGAGGACAUUCUCGGGCUGUACCCCGGCGAGCGGCUGUUGUCGAUUGCCUUCCGCGUGGUGCAUCUUUGCCCGUAUGACGGCCCGAUCGGGGGGACGCUCUUCCAAACCUGCUUUCGGAUGAUCUUCUGCAAUGCGUCGGACACCUCGCCCCAUGGGCGCAAGUACUUCGACUGGAAGGGCCAUGGCUUUUCCACGGUCACCUGCCCGAUUCCCGGCCCGGAGAUUCCCUAUGGCGUCGUGCAGAAGAUCUCGCUGGCUCCAACCCCGGGGUCGGGGCUGGCCCCGGUGCUGGCGGCGGCCGCCGAGGCCGGGCCCCUGCCAACCGGCCUGCACACAUCGCACUUCUACCUGCUCCCGGCGGAUGAGGAUGGCAGCUCGGCCGAUGACAUGGGCAAUGGCACCUUCUGGACCGAGUCCAUCCACACGGGCCUCGAGGAAGUGGUGCUGGUCGGCCCGACAAGCGGCGAUCCGGCGGCCCUGGCGGCAAUGCCGUCCGCCAACUCGGGCUCCAGCGGCCGCGCGCCGCUUGGGCGUCCGGAAAAAGUGGGGUUUUCCCUGCGCUGCGCCGAUUUCCGGGUCCAUGAGUUUCGCCUGGUGCCGUGGCAAUUUUACGAACAUGUCCUUCGAUGUGGCUUCCCGCUUACGGCAGGGUCAUCCGGGCCAGGCGGCGCUGGCGGCGCCGGGGCCCCCGCCACCGGGCCAGGGCAGGGCACGGCGGCCCCCUCUGCCCCGGCGGUGUCCAGCUCCACCGGGCCCGGGACCGGGGCCUACCAGCCACGGGCUCUCUUUGCCUUCCGCUUCCAGCCGGCCUACCAGAACCCGGACGAUUGGCGGCGGUAUUCCGGCGAGCGGGAUCUCGAGCGCGUGCUCGGCACGGAUCCUCGAGUGGCGGUAGCCCGAUCGGCCGAGCGAUCGCCCCUGGUCCGCGCGCAUCUCCCGGCACACCAGCCGAACGGCGCGUGGCGCAUUUCGACGGCCAAUGCCGAGCCGGAGCAUGCCAUCUGCGGGACAUAUUGCACGCGCCUCGGGGUGCCGGCGGCCAUUGAUGACGAGCAGCUGGCCCGGGCGGCCAGCUUCCGGUCGAAGUCCCGGGUGCCGAUCCUUUCUUGGCUCCAUCCGCUCAAUGGGGCCUCGCUGACCCGGUGCAGCCAGCCGAAUGUCGGGCUCCUGGGGAACAUGCAUCCCGAUGAUGAGACGUACUUGAAUUUGCUCGGCGAGCUGGCCGCCUGUGCCCAUGGGAAUCUGGCCACCCAGUAUGAGCACCGGCUGAUGCAGCAGGCGACCGGGCGGCCGCGUGCGCCGGUGACCAAUCCGCCGGUCGCCACCCAGGAGGCACUGUCGGUCGACUCGGGCGCCUUCUCGCUGCCUGCCAGCGAAGCGUCCCCGGUGACCAGUUCCCUGACGGCCAGUGCCUCCUUCUCGGGGAUGGAGGACCUGUCGGACAUGCUUUCCUCCAUGAUCACCCGGACCGGUGGGUCAGCCGAGGCCGAUGCCAUGAUGGCCGGCUUGGCCGGUGGGAAUAAUGCCGCAGGAGCCACCCCGGUGCCGGAUGUGCCCCUGAUGAUCAUGGAUGCCAGGCCGCAGUUGAAUGCCAUCGCCAACCAGGCCAAGGGUGCUGGCUAUGAGCGAGUCAGCUUCUAUCGGUCAGCGCGGCUGGUGUUUCUGGGCAUCGACAAUAUCCAUGUCAUGUCUGGGUCCAUUCGGCGGAUGUUGAAUUUGUGCUUCCCCUUCGAUUCGGUGCUCGAGGGGGCGGCCGUGUGGCAGACAAGUGGCGGUGUGCUUGCCGCUCGGUCAUCGGAUGCCAUGGAGCCGGGCAUCGGCCCCGGGGGCGGUGGCGAGGCUCCGGUGGCCGGGCCACCGGCGCCGACAGACACCCCCCUGGAGCCGGGCGAGCAUCUGGUGGUGGGCAAUGCCCCGCCGGGUGUGUCGGCGGCCGCGCUGCCGGGCGGCGGGCACUUCGGGCCGGAGUUCCGCCGCUCGCGGUUGGACUUCCACUCGCGAGUCGAGGCCACCCGGUGGCUGGACUACGUGCAAUUGCUGCUGGCCUCGGCGGUGACCAUUGCCGAUCACCUGAAUCGCGACGCGUACCCGGUGCUGGUCCAUUGCUCCGACGGGUGGGACCGGACAUCGCAAUUGUGCGCCCUGUCCAUGUUGCUGCUGGACCCGGAGUACCGGACCAUUCAGGGGUUCGCGCGGCUCGUGGCCAAGGAGUGGACCGGCGCCGGGCACAAGUUCGCCCACCGGCUGGGCUAUGCCAAUCGCACGCAGAGCAAUGAGCGCUCGCCGAUUUUCCUGCAGUUCCUGGACUCGGUGCACCAGCUGCUGGUGCAGUUCCCGGCGGCCUUCGAGUUUCGGAUUGAAUUGCUGGUCUUCCUGGCCGACGAGGCGCUGGCCUGUCGGUUCGGGGACUUUCUCUUCAAUUGCGACCGCGAGCGCCAUGAGCAUGGUGUCUUCCGGCAAACGUGCUCCCUGUGGUCGUAUGUGCUUGGCACGCGUGAGGGCUUGGAGCGCUUCCGGAACCCGGUGUAUGCCCUGGUGCCGGGGGUUCUCCGUCCCUCGACCGCGGCCCGGCGCUUGCGGCUGUGGGCCGAAUUUUACCUCCGCUGGUCUCCGGUGCUUGGUGAAACCGUCAGCCGGGCAACGCGCCAAUCGGCGGAUCGCCUGGCCGUCAUGCGUGCCGCUGUCGAGGCCAUGGAGCGUGCCGCGGGUGUUGUCGGCGUGUGAUGCGAUGCCGUGCGUGGGCCGCGCCCCCCUCCUCCGUAUAGAUCGCCUGGAUCGG